UUCCAUUUUGAUCAUUCCAAAAACCCCUUUUUACUUUUUCCAACGUUUUCCUUUGUUUUCUUUCAGCCCCCCCCCCAAUGAGCGAAGAAACAGUACCUUACAUCAAGCCUGAUCCAGAGGUUCUGGAAAAGGAGCAGGAAGAUCUCGUCAUGUCGUAUUUGAAUCCUGAUCUUGUAUCUACGGACGAAUCUCAUCAUGCUGCCGUCAAUACGUGGAAUAUUCCUCCCGUCACGGAUGACCAUGUGAAACCACAAGACACGUUUGAUAUUGACCAACAUGGUUUAUCCACUCCCCCUGAUUACACAUCAUGGUUGCCCAUGUCGUUUCCGCCAAUGACAGAGCCCGCCCAAGAUCCCUCAACGACCAUGUGCCUACCGCAAUCCAUGGGGGCCUUCCCUUUCUAUCUUCCUUUUGUACCCCCUUAUCCUCUUGAACAACCGAUAUUGGACCCGUCACAAAGACAGCUAUCUCCUGGCAGUUCGUCGUCGUCUUGUUCUUCGUUAUCGGACAGUGAACAACCUAGGAAGAAACGAGGACGCAAGAAACGCGAACAACCCACCGUCAACACCGCACCCAUGUUGGCUCCUGCUCCAGCGCCGACACUAUUGCCCGCUAUUCUUCCCUUGCCUUCAUCACCCACCCACCAUGCCAUCAAAUCGGAAGAGAAAGAGGCAACCGAUUUCCCUACACCCGCUUCCACCACGCCUCCUUCUUCGUCUUCAUCACCCAAACCGCAACCAUCUUCAACACUGUCCAACGAUGCCUCCGCGCCUGUGGAUGCCAAAGCCGUGGCUCAGGCCAAACGACAGGAACGUCUGAUAAAAAAUCGGGCUGCGGCAUUAUUAUCUCGCAAACGCAAACGGGAAUACGUCAGUUCAUUAGAGGAGCAACGCAAUUCGCUCACAGCAGAGAAUCACGAAUUGAAAUCCAAGGUGUCUGCUCUUGAAAGUCAAGUUCUCGUCCUACAGCAAGAAAACCAGGAGCUAAGAAAUCAGUUGAAAUUCUCCCCAGCUGAUGGUUCGGCUGCCACCACCCACCCUAUUUCCGUCACAUUACCCAUUCACGAUUUUAAUCCACCAUCGACCAUCAAUGUACAGAAAAAGACGGCUACCAGUAUGGUGUUCAUGAUUAUUUUGUUUUCAUUUGCCUUGUUUACUUUACCGUCAUCACGUAUGAUGGAUCGCCUUACUGUGGGUGGUGCACCAUCCAAACAGCUCACCUUGGUGGCACCUAACAAAGCUCCAUUAAAUUUAUUGGAGGGAGGUAAAAACAAUCCUCCACCGACCACGGACCUUAUUGUGAUGAAUUCUGUGCAAACGCAUGAUCUGCAGUCUUGGAUCAACGAUCGCUUGCAAUUGGUUUCCAAAUCCGAGAUCGCUCAAUAUUCGACCAUGGAUCGAUUGGAUUACAACAAGUCUCCUUCAAGCUCUUCGCCUGCCUCACACGUCUACCUUUAUUCGCCUUCGUUCUCUCAAGUGGCGCGCGUCGAUGGAAACAAUGACGAUGGUACUCCUGGAGCUACGCUGAAAUCCAAUUUGGCGACUUCGGAGCCACCGGUAUUAUCAUUAAUCUCACCGUUUGGGCCUUCUUCUCAUCCACCCAAGUCGCAUUGCGGCGUGCCCACUGAGUUACAGGAAUAUCUGCAAGUCGAUGUGCAGGUGAUUUCGAGCCAUGUCUUCAGCGGGCAAAGCAUGUCUUUGAAAGAUUGCUCCUUUGCCAGCUCUCUUUUGUAUGAGAUGAAAGACGAGUUGAUCGUGUCCCCCAAUUGGAAUCCAAACAGUAGCGCAACCAGCGCUGCAAAUACGACGGCGCUGAAAUCUGAUAAAAGACAGGAAAAAGGCCACCGACGUAGAAUCGUAGAAGAAGAUAGAGCAAGGAAAAUUUCCAGAGUCAUUCAUUAGGUCAAAACAUUUCUUCCAUCACUCCUUAUUCAUUCAAAUCCUUAUGCCAUUCCCUCACAUCUUUCCUCUGUAUACAUCUGCAUAUAUUUUUACCACCAUCAACUUUCUUCAUUUAACGUUCGAUCAACCCAAGAAUCAAUCCAAUAAACAAAAUUAACAAUGGCAUUCUUUUAUCCAGAC